CCUGUCUCUUACACAAGGUUUUUCCAACAAAAACAUCACUAGUGUUGGACAUGUCACGAUGGAGACUACGUUGGUUCCUCACUGGUUUUAUGCUGCUGAUAUAAGUAACAUUAUCCAUAUGCUCGCCGACAUGCUCGGACGAUUGAUAUCACAUAACGAUUUAAUACCACUGACACCCUCCACACUCACCCACUUUCACUCGCGGGCACCACCCAAUAUCACCCUCCCGGACUAUUUAAGGCGAAUAGUCAAAUAUACCUCUGUUGAGAAAGCCUGCUUGUUGACGCUUCUCAUCUAUAUUGAUCGUGUUUGCGAGCGACAACCUCAUUUCACCAUUUCGUCGUUGACCGUACAUCGAUUUUUGAUUACAGCCAUCACCGUAUCUGCCAAAGCCCUGUGCGACUCAUAUUGUACCAAUUCUCACUAUGCAAAGGUCGGAGGCAUCUCGUUACGAGAACUCAAUUCGCUUGAAUUGGAAUUUUUACGACUAAUUGACUGGCGUCUAGCAGCGACAGGGCCAGUUCUGCAACAAUACUAUGUGAAUUUAAUCAAACAGCACCCGUCCUAUACAAGAAUGGUGGAGACAGAAAAUGAAACCAACACCAUCAUUGCAGACAAUUCCAACGACGCGAAACCAGAAUCCGUCGAGUCCAAACCAACUCUGAAACGGCGAAGGUCGUCCACAUCCGGAGAUGAAGCCGAUAGUAAUUCUAGCCAAGAUGAAGAGAAAGAAGAAAAUGCUGUGGAAGAAACCGACGAAGAUGAUUUGGCUACCGAUAAACAUUUUCAACAGCUAUUGGAACAGGAUUCCAUUCCCUACAUAGCGUAGCUGUUUUGUAACAUUAUUAAAACCCUCUUAUUUCCUUCAGUUCCACCCCAUUUCAGCCCAUCGUAAACAAGUAUCCAAUCCUGUAGAUAUCUUUUUUUUUUAAAAAAAAAAAACUUUUCUUCCGUUAGAUAAAGCGUAUAGAACUUACGUUACAUGAUCCCGAAUGUAAUCAACCAUCCAUCCACCUUUGCAUUAAUAA